CCUGUUGGCUUAGGGAACUUAUGAGCGCCUAACAGGGUCAUACAGUAUAAAUCUUCACAUUAACAACUACUAGUUACUGUAUACUGGAGCUGUGAUACAUUAAACACAGAGAUCAAGGCAGUGAAAUAUAUGCCCGAUUUUAUUUUUGUAUUAUUUAUUGUUUCCUCAGGACCCAGAGCAGGAUGCACGUUCCUCAAGUGAAUUUGUCAGAGGAGUGGGAGACGAACACGACACAGGAGCAGGUGAGGAACAUCACCCACCUGCCCUAUUACCGGUACUCCUUUGCAGCGGCAGCUGGCUUAGCCCUCGCCUACCUGUUCAUCUCGAUCCUGUGCAUGGGGGGCAAUGGGCUGGUGUGCUACAUCGUGCUGAAGAACCGCAGGAUGCGCUCCGUCACCAACCUCUUCAUCCUCAACCUGGCCUUCAGCGACCUGCUGGUGGGGAUCUUCUGUGUGCCGACCACGCUGGUGGACAACCUCAUUACAGGCUGGCCCUUCAGCCAGACAGUCUGCACCUUGAGCGGCUUCAUCCAGGGAGUGUCUGUGUCGGCUUCCGUCUUCACCUUGGUGGCCAUCGCAGUGGACAGGUUCCUCUGCAUCAUCUAUCCCUUUCGGCAGAAACUGAGCCUUCCCAAAGCCCUCGGCAUCGUCCUGCUGAUCUGGGCGCUGGCCAUCGCUAUCAUGUGCCCAGCGGCAGCCAUGCUCAAAGUGGUCCAACUGAACGACACGGACGUGGUCCAUGAGAACGAGACGUACUCGCUCUACACCUGCUAUGAGAACUGGCCUGAGCCAGACAUGCGCAAAGCGUACACCACCGUCCUCUUCGUCCACAUCUACCUGGCGCCCCUGAGUCUCAUCAGCAUAAUGUACGGCAUCAUCGGGGCAAGGCUCUUCAGCUUUCAUGGGCCAGAGCGCAAGAGCUCUGGAGAGCUGCCAGGGGACAGGAGCUCCAUCUCCAAGAAGAAGAAGAUGAAGGUUAUUAAGAUGCUGGUCACUGUGGCUGUGCUCUUCAUGGUGUCCUGGCUGCCUCUGUGGACCCUGAUGAUGCUGAGUGACUACGAGGACCUGGGAGAGGAGCGCAUCAGUUUCCUCGCCAGCUACAUUUUCCCCUUCGCUCACUGGCUGGCCUUCUUCAACAGCAGCGUCAAUCCCAUCAUCUACAGCUGCUUCAACGAGAACUUCAAGAGGGGCUUCCAGGCAGCCUUCAGCUCCUGCCGCUGCUCCCAGGAAGCAGAGCCCCCGGUGGUCUACUUUGAGAGGUCCAGGAACGCUGUCUUCUUCGUAAGCAACAAGGUCUCAAACAUUGAAUCCAUGGAACGGCGCCGGGCACUGCAGGGUAAUGGAGAGCCAGCCCCCAAGCAAACACAGCCAAGGGUGCGGGGGAUUCUCUUGGAAGAGAUCAACAAGAUUACUACUGACAAUCGAGUUAGCACAGCCUGGGAGAAAUGAAGGACAGACCACCAUCUCGACUGCCACUUUGUAAGGUCAUUUUGUGCUAAAUUAUUGUGGAGAGCUUACCAGUACCUUGAGCAAACUCCUGGCAACAGUGAACUAAUAAUGUGAUAUCUUGUAACAACUGUAAAACACCCUGGAUAAGGGUGUCUGCUAAGAAAUAAUUAAUAAUAAUGUUUUAAUAUGUUUUGCAGCUGCCAAUAAUGGUACGGUAUGAUAUGGUUAUAACAGUAGAUCAUAAUAUCACAUGGUACCAGAACAUACAGGCGUUUUAGGCUAUUAAAACUCAUACCAAACUUUUUUGGAAUAAAUGUCUAUGUUCUUGUUUCAAUGGGCAUUGUGGAUUCGGUCUUGAAUGCUUUUCAUUAGUUAAUGGUCGGAGCCCUUGUUGUGUGUAACAUGUUUUGUGUCGUCGAUGCUUUAUUUCA